AUGUUACCACUAGAACUCAACAAUGACCAUAUAUCCCACCUUGAUUACUUGGAUUUGCAGGUCGACAAACCGAUCCACUUCAUCGAAAUCAAGAUGACGGCUGAAUUCGACUUCGACCACCAAGAUGGCAUUUUAUCCUUCUUUCCUAGUAUCCGUUCAGCACUGCUUGCCUCUGAGCCUAUCGAGGAUGCUAAGGAGAAACACAUUUUAGAAGACAUGUAUUCAAUCUUUGCAGAUUCAUUUGCAUGUAUAGUUUGCCGUCGCAAAUUUAGAUGGGACUGCAUUCAGCUCCCAGAUGCAAUGCUUAAAAAGAUAGCAGCAUUAGACGAGGUUGAACACCAGCAUUCACCCAUUCCAGACAGUCCUCUGUCUACUGUGCUCUCUAAACGACUGGCGGACACCAAUAUCAGUGACUCGUACAUAUUUCCCGACCCUCUACCUCCUGCAGUUGUCUUGCCACAACUGGCAGAUGAAUAUGUAAUAGCAGACUGGCGUUCUUCCACCAGCUCCAUCGGCCCAUUGGUGUCGUCUCUCUCGUGCUCUACAAUUACAUUGCCUUAUUCCACUCACUCCUCUCUUCAUUCGCUGUCUGAAGAUGAUACCCAGGAAUGUGCCCUUUGUCCCAACCACUCAUAA